UUCAACUAGCUGCAGAGGUCUAACUUAGCUUGACCUAAUUGAUCACUUAGUGCAAACUAUUAUUCACAGAUUCAACAUUCUUGUAUACUCAAUUUCUAGCGAAGUUGCUAUUUAAUAGAAGCAUCCCUAGCCUCCUACAAGGCCUCCAUCUUCAGUGCGGCCUGGGAUCAAGGCAUCUCAUGCCCAGUGCUCAGGGAGAUAUCAAUGUUGCUACCAAGUUGUGUAGAAUUGUUGUACAUACAAUUACAUGUACUUUCAUAUUGAAAGAAAGUGUGGGCCAGUGUUGAAACAAAAAAGUGGGCGUAUCUGGUCAGAUUUAUAAAAAAUGGGCGUAUCUGGUCAGAUUUAUAACAUUGUGUAAUGGAUGUACCAGUACAAGGUACAGGCAAAACUGGCUUGUUGGGCAUGGGAUCUAUAUAUCUAGUUUAUAAAUAGUAGGUAAGUUUUUUCAACUAGCUGCAGAGGUCUAGCUUAGCUUGACCUAAUUGAUCACUUAGUGCAAAAUAUUAUUCACAGAUUCAACAUUCUUGUAUACUCAAUUUCUAGGGAAGUUGCUAUUUAAUUUUUUAUAUUAGAAUAGUUUCAUGCUUUUAUAAAUGUUGUACAAAUGCAUUCCCCAGAUCUUAACUAACGAUGGCCGAAGGACCUGAUCCAGUUAUUGCUGAUCUCGAGCAAGAGGUGACCUGUGGCAUCUGUCAUGACCGCUACCAGGAGCCAAAGCUGCUCCCUUGUUGUCACUACUACUGCAAGCAAUGCAUCCUCACACUCUCCAGUCGCUACCCACCCAACCAGCCGUUCCCCUGCCCCGACUGUCGUGAGCCCACUCUAUUGCCAGACAACAACCCUGACAGACUGCCCACUGCGUUCUUCAUCAACCGGAUGAAAGCACUCUACUCGAGGAUGGAGAAAGCCCACGGAAAAUUGGAGGCCACUUGUGAAAUGUGCUCUGGGGGAAAGGCCACUGCAUUCUGCCGACAAUGUGUCAAUUUCAUCUGUGAAGAUUGUGUGAAGUCUCAUAAACGAUUGAGAGUAUUUGCCGGACAUGCCAUCUCCACUCUGGACGAGCUUAAACAGGGCGGAGUGAAAGAACUAACAUUCGAAAGCCCACCACCCCCAAAAUGCGAAGAUCAUGAGGAGCUAAAAAAGAUUUUUUGUUUCGAUUGCAACAAGCUCAUCUGUCGAGACUGUAUCGUUAUUGAACACGCUGGACACAAUUAUGAAUUUGUCAAAAAAGCCGCCCCCGCAACUCGCAAAAAGCUGACGGAGCACCUCUCCCCACUCAAGAACCUACUGCCUGAUCUGAGCACCGCUGUGAAUCAAGUGAAAGGAACUAAACAGAAGAUCCAGGCUCAGAAAGAACUGACAGAGAGACAAGUGAAUGCCAAGUUCCAGGAGCUACACGAUAUUCUCGAUCGAUGCAAGGUCCGUGUUUUACGAGAAUCUUCUGCUUUGGCUGAUUCAAAGAUGGAGAAGCUGACGAUUCAAGAGAAGGGUCUGGACCUGUCCCUGGGCACUGCUCAGAGUUUGAUUGACUUUGUAGAGCGUACACUGGAGAAUGCAAGUGAUGAAGAGCUGAUUACGAUGCAAGAGCAGGUGGUGAGUCGAAUCGAUGCCGAGGUGGUGAAGCGAGGGAAGGAAGCAGCCAAUCCUGAUCCAGUGGAGAAAGAUGAUUUUGGAAUUGAAGUGUUUGUUUGUGAGGAUCUCAAGAAGUUGUGUGAGAACAAUGUUAUUGUGUGUGAAGGAAAGCCGAUUGUGAAAGGAGACGGUAUCAAAACAGCUGAAGUUGACAAAUGUGCAAGUCUGAAUGUCUAUAUCAGUUCAAAACAAGGCAAACCACAAGCAGUACUGAAAUCGCUAGUUGAUCAAUCGACCCAACAAUUGCAAGCAGUGUCUUUGAUGGGUGGAGUGUACAGCGUUGAGUACACCCCUAGGGUACGUGGUCGACACCACCUCCUGAUCUCAGUGGACGACCAGCCCAUACCAGGAAGCCCCUUCUCUGUGUUCGUAAAAAUACCCCCCACCAAGCUGGACAAACCAGUGAAGCAGAUAAAAGGAAUCAACAUCCCUGUGUAUAUGGCAUUCAACUCAUCAGAAGAACUGAUUGUAACUGACUUUCUUGGUGAUGUUUUGGUGUUUGACAAAAAAGGAGAACAAAUUCAAAGUAUCAGCAAAUCAAAGCAUGGGUUUGACGGUAUCUGUGGUGUGGCAGUAGACAAGGAAGACAACAUCUAUGUCUGUGAUAGCAUAAAACGCUGUGUGUACAAGUUCAACAAAAGAGGAGAUCUGCUAAAGAGGUUUGGGACGAAGGGAAGUGGUCCAAAGGAACUCAACUUCCCUCGAGGGAUAGCAGUCGCUGGUGAUCAAGUGUUUGUGUGCUAUCAGAAUAAUCACAGAGUCCAAGUGUUGACGACAGAGCUGGAGCCAGUCAAGCAGAUUGGUUCAAUAGGAACUGGUAAUGAGCAUUUUAACGAACCAGAGGAUGUUGCAGUGGACAAUGAACAAAUGGUGUAUGUCACUGACUGUAGUAAUGAUCGUGUUCAAGUGCUCACUAUGGAUGGUCGGUUUAUUCGCUCGAUUGGAAAGAAAGGAAAUGGACAAGGAGAUUUGUAUGGCCCUCGCGGUGUGUGUGUCACUGGUUUUGUUUAUGUUGCUGAUUAUCGUGUAUCAGUGUUCACUAAAGACGGCCAGUUUGUCACAUCAUUUGGUAAUGGUCAUAUCACUUCUCCUCGUGGAGUAGCUGUGGACAGUGAUGGUUUUGUUUAUGUGCGCAGUGAAGGAUCUGUUGUUAUAUUUUAGUUAUUAUUUGUGUGUGUGGGCAGUAGCAAUCUGUGUUUUAUGUGUAUGUAAUAAUUUACUUUUGAUUGAGAAGCAGUUAGUUCUACUGAUGAUCUUUACCUGCCUGCUGCCUAUUUUGGUUUGUGAUUGUGUUAUGAGGAUCUUUACCAUCUUAUUACAAGUGAAAAUGGACAAGUACCUAGCACACUCUGUAUCUGAAGCUGCAUCAGUUGCAUGGACCCAUUACACAACUACAGAGAGAGCAGAGCCACUGCUUGCGAGACUCCACUAUCAAUCAGAUCUCAAUAACCUCACUAAAAGUGACAAUCUCAAUGAACAAGAUGAAGUUACCGGUACCCACUGAUGACCAACCAAGCUCUGAAGAUGGAUAAUU